GUUGGGGGUCUUUCGUCCUCAUUCCCGAGAGGAUCUGUGUUUGUUUGGGAAAAUCUGAGGAAAAUCUCCGGAAAACUCUUGAAAAACCUAAAUAAACAACUACUUCAAGUAAGGGAAUCCGUCAAAUUAACCGAACACUUAUCGCUUCUUAUCUCCUCUCUUAUCUUUAUGGUUUUUUCGUCGCCUCGCGGUUAGAUAAAUACCACCGAAUCAUCGCUACAUUACCACUGUUGCACUUUCCGGUCAUUCAGUCGUCAAGUUCAUCACCGAUCGUUAGUUCGUUGUACUUUGUUUUACUUCGGUAUCAAUAAUUAAAUAUUUGAGUACUUCAAGAUGUCGUCUCCUAAAGAAUUCAUCGAAGAAACCAUCAAGUCUAACAAAGUCGUAAUAUUCUCGAAAUCCUACUGCCCAUACUGCACCAUGGCGAUGAAGGCAUUUGAAUCGUUGAGCGAAGCUUUCAACGCUGUUGAAUUGGACUUGAGAGACGACGGUGAUGAAAUCCAAGCCGCCCUUCAAUCCAUUUCGAACGUGAAAACCGUACCUCAAGUAUUCGUUAAUGGUAAAUAUGUCGGCGGAGGUACUGAUACGAAGAAGAAAGGCGAAUCUGGAGAAUUACGAAAGAUCAUCGACGGUGUCGCUUUCGAAUCAAAAAUCAAAAUUCUUCGUACUAUAGCCAUGGCACAUUUGAAGCAACAAAUCGAACAGGUGAUCAAAUCAAACAGAGUAACAAUAUUCUCGAAAUCGUAUUGUCCCUAUUGCAAGAUGGCCAAACAGGCAUUUAACGAAUUGAACGAACCCUUCUACGCUAUCGAACUAGAUACGAGAGAAGAUGGCGAUCUAAUUCAGGCAGUUCUAAAAAAGAAAACCAAAGUCAAUACCGUACCUCAAGUUUUCAUACACGGUAGGUACAUCGGAGGUGGCAACGAUAUACAAAGACUACACAGCGAAGGUAAAUUACUCCCUUUAAUUCUGGGCGAAUUGUAACUCGAAAAAACUGGUCGAAUAAAUGUGGCAAUCUUUUAAAAAUUAUUAAUAUGAUUAUAAUAAUACAAAAAUACAUACAUUUUCGCAACUCGA